AUGACAACACACAAAGUCGAGCCAUUGCGGGGCAAGAAGCCGAUAUCCUUCAAGCGUUUAAUGGCCGUCAAGCAGAUCGCCAAUGACACGUUCGAGAGUCUCACAGCCGCCUGGCCACCGGCACCCUUCCAGCGAGCAUUUGGUGGUCAUGUCUACGCCCAAGCAAUGUACGCUGCAAGCAAAACUGUCGGAAAGGGACUUGUGGUUCAUCAAAUGACAGGCUACUUCAUCCUUCCCGGCGCAAUCGAUGUGCCCUUCGUCUACCGUGUCCGAAGAGUCCGGGAUGGCGGGAUCUACUGUCUCAGGUCUGUAGAUGUGUUCCAGCAGUCUAAUGCGGCUGGUCAGGGCUCAUCGCCUUGCUUUACUGCUACAAUCUCGUUCAAGCGCUCGGAAAAAGGAAACGCUAAAUGGCAUGACUUUGAUCAUCAAGAUGUGUCGAGGCAGCAUAUCAGGACCGAGUAUGCGAUGGUCCUUGAUGGUGUGGGGCCCGAAGACCAUCCGCUUGCGCCUGGCGCGGACUCACAGUGGUGGGAGGACCAGGAAGCAGAGAAAUGGAACCGGACUGCCGCGGCGUUUCCAGGUGUCGAGAUGAGGAAGGUCGAUAUGCAUAGGUAUAAUGGACGGGUUGAGCCCGGUGGUGGGAAGGACGGAAAAGGUGCGUCGAGGUGGCGGGGAUUGCAUUUCUAUCGACUUAUUCAGGACGACGAUUCUGGGGACGAGGUUGACCUGAAUCUCCAUGCUGCUGCGCACCUAUAUGCUUCGGACAAGAAUUCGCUGUUCCUUGUGCAGCGGGCGCUGGGGUACGAGAUGGUUCCCACGACGAUGGCUUCGCUGUCGCAUACGGUGGUCUUCCAUGGGCUGGCGGAACAUUUGUCCAUGGUAGGCAAGGACGGUAGGCCAAAAUGGUUUGUCCAGGAGGCAUGGUCAAGUCAAAGUGGUGAUAAUAGGGUUUGUCAUAAUAGUCGGCUGUGGGAUUAUGAGAGCGGGAGACUCAUUGCGACGACCAUACAGGACGGCAUGAUGAGGUUUCCGAGCGAGCUUGUCAAGAAGAUCACAGGAGGCUCAAAAGAGAUGGGAGGGCAACAGGGGAGCAAGCUCUGA